CAAGCCCCUUCAGUGUUAUAAAUGUAAAAGAUUUGGUCAUGUGUGUGCAGAAGGGAAGAGUAUCGUACGCCAGAUGAAGUGAAAUGCUGCAACUGUGGAGAUGAACAUGCGCCUAAAUUCCUGGAGUGCCCUGUUAAGGUGAAGAAUGAGGUGGCGAGGGCAAAGAGCGUCCAGCGUGUCUCUUAUCUGGAGGCAGUGAGAAGAUUGGAAGGAACGAGUGUCGGGGAAGAAGCAAUGUUCUUAUUCAAUGCCCCGUCCAGCUGGUGGCGGUAAUGCACAAUUAACAUUGAAUGCCAACCGCCGUUAAACCCCAUCGAACAAUAUUUCCUGUCUGACCGAAAAAACCUUUGUUUAUUAUCUUCAAGAUGGCGGCGGGAAUGUAUUUGGAACACUACCUUGACAGUAUAGAAAACCUGCCAUUUGAGCUACAGAGGAAUUUCACUCUGAUGAGAGACCUGGACACACGGACCGAGGAUCUGAAAGGGCAGAUAGACUCUUUGGCUCGUGAGUACACGUCAAAUGUACACACCAUCUCCCCGGAGCAGAAGCUCGCCCUGCUCCGCCGGAUUCAGCAGUCAUAUGGCAGGUGUAAAGAGUUUGGAGAUGACAACGUCCAGCUGGCCAUGCAGACCUAUGGGAUGGUGGACAAACACAUCCGCAGGCUGGACACAGACUUGGCCCGCUUCGAGGCAGACCUAAAGGAGAAAAAGAUUGAGAGCACCGACUAUGACUCGACCUCCAGCAAGGGAAACAAGAGUGAGCUCAGGGGGCCAAAAGAGAAGAAGGUGGCUCGCACGAGGUUAAAGGCGAAGUCGGACGACGACUGCAGCCCCAAGAGCGGACGGAAGAAAGUCAAACUAACACAAACGCCUGAGUUCACAGCCCCUACGGUGAACUUUGGGAGCGUCCACCCCUCGGACGUGCUGGACAUGCCCGUGGACCCCAACGAGCCCACCUACUGCCUGUGUCACCAAGUGUCUUAUGGAGAGAUGAUCGGCUGUGACAACACAGACUGCUCCAUUGAGUGGUUCCACUUUGCCUGCGUGGGGCUGACGACAAAACCCAGAGGAAAAUGGUACUGUCCAAGGUGUACUCAGGAGAGGAAGAAAAAGUGAACCCAUAGACAAUCAUAACCGACAAUCAUAACGCUAGAGGGAUGUAGAGUUUACAAAGGAGGGUUCAGUGUUUGUAUUGAAACAUGGCAAGCCCUCCAUAAACAUCCAUAAACACUAACAGACUCUGCGGGGUCAUAUUUAAUAGGUCACACCAUCACAAGUUGGGAUGGAAAACGCAAAACCAAAAUGAGCAUUUCCUAUUGGACCAAGUCCGAGUAGCCCCUCCCCUAUUUCAAUGUGUGUUCUUCCGUUCAGUGUCUAUUGGUACUUCUGGUCUGCUAUCCUGUAUACCUCUCUUUGUCAAACAGAAAGAAGAUGGACAUUUGACAGAGGUGUAGCCACAGCUGUUAGCCUAAUUUAUGUUCCCUAAUCAUGACUAUAUAUAUAUUUUUUUAUUGUUUAACUUUUUGAUGGUUGCUUAUUUAUGCAGAGUACUACAGGGACGUAUACCCUUCCUUUUUACAGCCAGUGGCUCUAUAUGGUUCUCAGCCACUCAGUUGCUUCAUGACAGACUGUAACAGCGGCUCGUACUGGAUGCUUUUCGUCGUUGAUGUAGCUAGAUUGUCGAUUUGACUGGAAAGGAGAAUGUACAGAUCUAGAUGUGCUAGUUCAGAAUGCUGUCGGAAGCAAACUGCACAGAAUUUCUCUCUCACAUUCAUUUAAACAGCAAUCGCCUAAAUUGCUGGUUGUUGCCCAAAAGAGCUGGAAUUAGUGAACUGAAAAAUGACUUGAUAACCGAAUCUAGAUGGUAAAGCUUUAAAAAAAUAUGUAUUUUCUGAUAUAUAGACAUUUUGAUAGGCCCCAUCUCAAAUAAUUCAACAACGUCCUGUAUAUUUCUAUUAGGAAGAGGCCUUUCUUUGACCGACUGUGCUGUACGAAGAGCCUUAUUGAUCAGUACUGUAAGAAGAACCAUUUUAAAUGUGCUUAAAAGUACAAGUAUCCAGAAUGACUGGCUACGUUGCUCAGUAUGGUUUGACGGAUGCCUCAAGAAUAUUAUUUCAUUUAGGUAAAAUGUUAAACUAAUGGAAAUGUAUUUUGAUGCUAUGGCCUUUUGUAUUCUGGCUAAUUGAAUACUGUACUUCAAAACAUUGGGUGUUGUUUUUGGAGAUAUCUAUUUUUAAUGAAUAAAGCACAAAAAGAAAA